AUGUCGAACGACUUUGUUAUGACGAUUGACGAUGACGACGAGACAGUUCCCUUCCUGGACGAGGAGGAGCUUGAGCAGGAGGAGACCGUCACCAAGAAGAAGAACAAGAAGGGCAAGAAGGCCAACGGCGUCGCACCCAAGGACACCGGUGAUCUCGACCCCAACUUUUCAUUUGAUGCCGAGGGUGGUGGACAUAUGGGCGCUCACCACGACUGGGACUUUACAGCUGCCCGUGCUGCCCUUCGUGCUCAGGAUGAGAUGCAACCUGGAUUGAGCUUGGACGACAUUAUUGCCCGGAAACGUGCUCAGGUCAAGGCCAAGAAGUCAGGAAAGAUUGUUGAGCCUGUGGAGGAGGAGAAGGAAGUCAACGAGGACGACGAGAGUGAAUUCCAGGAGGCAUUGAGCUCUGAUGAGGAGGGCGACGACAACGACAUGGAGGGCAUCACCUUUGCCGAGGACGAUGAGGAUGUUGCUGAGGAUGGCUUUGGCGCUGGUCGUGAUGAAGACGCAGGACUUGAGGAUGCUGAGGCUGAGGAGGCUGAACUCGAAGAUGCUAGCGAGGAAGAGUCUGGAAGCGAAGGAUCAGAGGAAGAGUCCGAGUCUGAGGACGAGGAAGAGGAGGAAGAGAGCGAAAGCGAAGACGAGGAAGAACAGGAGACAGAGUUCCAGAAGGAGCGUAAAAAAGCAUACUUCGCCCCUGAGACGGACAACCCAACAGAAGUUGCCGAGACAUUCGCGACGAUGAACUUGUCGCGUCCUAUCUUGAAGGGAUUGGCCCAGGUCGGAUUCGUUCAGCCUACUCAGAUUCAGGCCAGGACUAUUCCCGUUGCAUUGAUGGGCAAGGAUAUUUGUGGUGGUGCCGUCACUGGUUCAGGAAAGACUGCUGCAUUCAUCGUCCCCAUCUUGGAGCGUCUCUUAUACAGAUCCCGCCAGACUGCUACCUCGCGCGUCUUGAUUCUGUGCCCAACUCGUGAGUUGGCCAUCCAGUGUCACAGUGUCGCCCAGAAGCUCGCUAGCUUUACCGAUAUCACCUUUGGACUCUGCGUCGGUGGUUUGUCGCGUAACGCUCAGGAAAUUCAGCUUCGCACUCGUCCCGAUGUUUUGAUCGCCACCCCCGGUCGUUUGAUCGAUCAUAUCCUCAACUCGCGCUCGUUCACACUGGAUCACAUUGACAUCCUGAUUAUGGAUGAGGCUGAUCGUAUGCUCGAGGAUGGUUUCUCGGCCGAGUUGACCGAGAUUAUCAAGGCCUGCCCCCAAUCUCGCCAGACCAUGUUGUUCUCUGCCACCAUGACCGACAAUGUCGAUGAGCUGAUCCGUAUGUCGCUCAACCGCCCCGUCCGUCUCCAGGUCGACUCUUCAAACGCCACAGCAGCACGUUUGGUUCAGGAGUUUGUCCGUAUCCGUCAACAUCGUGAGGAGGAUCGCCCCGCUGUCCUGUUGGCUCUCUGCUCGCGUACAUUCAAGCGUCGUGUGAUCAUCUUUUUCCGUUCCAAGGCAGCGGCGCAUCAAAUGAAGAUUAUCUUUGGACUGAUGGGCUUGCGGUCGGCCGAGUUGCACGGAAACCUUACACAGGAGCAGCGUUUGGCGUCUCUGGAGGAGUUCAGGGACGAGAGGGUAGAUUUCUUGUUGGCAACCGAUUUGGCCUCGCGUGGUUUGGAUAUCAAGGGUAUCGAUACCGUCAUCAACUUUAACAUGCCCCAGAACUAUGCCAUCUACCAGCAUCGUGUUGGUCGUACUGCCCGUGCUGGUCGCAUGGGUCGUGCCGUCACAUUGGCAGGAGAGAACGAUCGCAAGUUGCUCAAGAUGGCGAUCAAGAACGCAGACAAGCGGACUGUGAAAAACCGCGUGAUCCCUCAGGAUGUGAUUACCCGGUACCGCGAGCGUGUCGAGGGCUUGACAGAGGGCGUCAAGGAAGUCAUGGCUGAGGAGAAGGAAGACAAGGCUCUUCGUCAAGCGGAGAUGGAGAUGAGAAAGUCGUCUAAUUUGCUCAAGCACGAGGACGAGAUUUACAGCAGACCCGCCAAGACUUGGUUCCAAACCUCUGAUGAGAAGAAGUUGGCACAAGACGCAAGCAAGAGCGCAUUGAACGAACCCAAGAAGCGCAAGGUUCCAGAGCCAGAUGCACCCAAGCGCGACCGGUUCGCGGGCAUGUCUCGUCAAAAGCGAAGACGCCUCCAAUUGUCAGAGGAGGACCAUCAGGACAUCAGCUCUCACCUCAAAUCGAUCAAGUCUGCCAAGAAUGCGUUGAAGCCUAACAAGAUCCCCAAGUUGGCACCGGAGAAGACAGCGACCAAACCCCAGGAAAAGAAGAAGAAGAAGAAGGAUGUUGAUUUCAGUCGUGAUUUGGCUGAUGCUUCCAAACAGGGCGUUGCCGCGGCCAAGAAGCUUGGAUCGGGAUCCAAGUUUGGAGGAAAGGAUAAGAAGGAUGAGAAGAAGGAACGUAAUGGAAAGUUGGGCAAGCUUCGCGGAAACAAGGCCUUCAAGAGUUCCAAGAAGUACAAGAGACGCUAA